AGAAUAUCUAUCAUGUCGAUCUGGGGUCCGCGAAGUGGCUGUUUGCGCUUGCAAUGUAUCAGGAAUCCGUCAUGAUCAUGGCCUUGGCAUCCGCUCCAUUAGCCCGUUUGAGGGUAAUGUAUCUAAUAUUCAUCAAAGGUGACUUUGAUGCAAAGUACAGCAAUACCAUGAUCCGAGUUACCAUCGUCUCGCCGAUUCUGAGUUUCAGCGUGUUUGCGAUUUACCUUCCUGACCAGUACUUUGAUAUUUCGGGAUUUAUUCUGAGAUUGCUGCUCCUGACGGUGAUCAUUGAAACCACGUACUAUUGUUUUAGACUGAGGAAAACAUAAUUUCUGCGUGAUCAGUAUCAUGAUUUAUUGUCCGCGUGCGGGCUUUCCCUGAUAUCACUCGUGUAUGUUGCUUCGGUGCUUGUCUCUCUAGACUAUUCAGUCCGAGUCACAGACCAGUUCAAUUCCAUCAUGGUGGUUAUCUGGAUAUUGAAUGUGGAGCUGAUUGGACCCACAGCGUACCAGACGUUCGUUAAGUAUCUGCAGCAGAACAAUCGGAUCAAGUACGACAACGAUGACGUGAGUGUUAUGAUAAAUAUGCGAAGUGAGCGAACGGGCUUGAAGACAAUCAUAGACGACGACCUACUGUACCCCGCACUGUUGGCGGUAGCACGUGAACGAUACUGUGAAGAGAACUUACUCUUUCUCCACGAGGGUAUACGUCUGCAUGAAACGCUCAUGGCUUGCCAAGACGAGGUAAAUGGACUGAAGCAAGCUUGCGAUCCAAUAUCGUGCUCGAUAGAUGUCGGUCAGAGCCCAGCCAGCACGUUAGAACCCGCCCUGCCCACGGCCCCAAAUGAUCGGAGCAGUGGAGAGAUAUACAAGAAACAGGUGGACGUCGGAAAAACACUCAACACAGACGACCUAGCAGCCGUACCCUCAGUCGAUACGGCAAGUGUUGCCUCGCUCGUAUCCGAGGUUAUAUCACCGUCCUUGGUAGCUGAGCUGCAUCGAUUUUUAGAUAACUACCUCAUGAGUGAUGCGCCGAUGCCCGUUAACUUGGCCAGUGCGCAGAUAAGUGCACUACAGCAAGCAAGAUCCUUGGGGAGUUUUAGAAGAAGCGGUGCUGAUGCCAUCUUGAACGCGCUCCUUUUGAGUCUGGCGGAUGUGCAGAUUCUCUUUGAAGCGUCUCGUGUAUUGACGAUUUUCGAGCGGAGUGACGCCCGAGCUAAGGUUUUAGGCGAGAGGGAGGCUGUGGUCAGACUGGGAAUAGAGACAGAGAAGCGCGAAAAUGUUGACAGCAUACCCGAUUGAAAUAAUAUAUAUAUAUAUAUAUAUUGUGAUAUCUACAGUUAGGCCAGUUGGUCGAUCAACAUGUCUAAACAUAUCACUGCCAAAGUUCAUGGUCGGUGCAAGUGUGCUCAUCACACGUACAUCAUGAGUAUGUCUCCUUCUCUUUGCGUGAAGUGGGUUGCGUGAGGAUUAAAUUCGCGACUAUAUCGUACUCUAUUCUCUAGUGGAGUGAACUGUGGCGAGAAGGCGAAGCUGAAGUACUUCCUCCUGUGCUGUGUGAGGAACAGGCGUUUAGGCCUUGCUGAGCGUACUGUUGUUUUCAGCACAGUCCAGCAAGGGCUGCUUUCUUUUCUCGUUGCCUGGUUUCAAUGACUUUUAUGGACUAAAGUCUGCCUCCUAGUGCGAACUGGCCGUAUCGGGUCAUCGUCCACGUCCCAGAAAUACGCGCGUGUUCGGUGAGUAUCGGAUGUCCAGCGGGUGUGAUCCUUCCCACGUGUGAGGCCCAUUGCACGCUUAGCUGCAAACCCCGUCUGUAGUCAGGCCUUCUCUGAGUGAGUGUAGUGUAGUCUGCAAUGCGACUCUGACAGAUAGACGCUAGUUUAUUCGAUGUUGUUUAAAUUGGAUCCAGCUACGUCUUCCGAGGCUUGCGUAUGAACUAUAAAUCAGCUGCUGACAUAUAAGCACUAUUCGAUGGUGCGAUGGGAGUUCCUGCAACGUACUUGGUUGGGGUAAUAUGAAUAUGUGCUACAGAGCGUCUCGGACGUGCCCUGGUGAGCUGCACGCCUCGACAGGUGGGUAUACCCCACAACCUGCACAAGCACACUUAAAUGCGAAGCUGUAUACAUCAAGUAGAGCCGACUCAUAUCCCCGGGCGAUCUGACAACAUGAAGGUGCUCUUAGUACAUCGGCAGUACUCGAUGUGAGCACAGUGCUGGUUACUGCUAUGUCUGAGGUGGUGUGCGUUAGCUGCUUAGGAAUGGGAGAUUGUCUCGAAAGAAGCACCUCUUCGGCUGCCUCCCCUUCCUCACAAUUGUCGCCAGCGAGCCUAACGGAGGCUGCCUAUACUCAGAUCCCCGUGUGAACUGACAGUACGAAGCUACCUCUGGCACAUCUGAAGUACUCUACGUUUGUACUGUCAACCCCCAAUGCUACGUCAACCACGUCGAGCGUUCAGACAUACAUGUAUGUAUUCCACAGAGAGCAUCUUGGAAGUGUUCUGGGUGUUCUGGUGAAGUGCUUUGCUGCGCAGGUUAGCAUGCCCCGCAAGUGUGUCACAAGUACACUUGGCGAAGGCUACCUGAUUGACGUCACGCCGACUUAGAACUUCGUGCGGUCAGACAGCAGUAAGUUAUGUUUUCGACAAUACUAUGCUGCGACGAGAGGAAGAACUGUCCUAAAUGAGCCAUGAUCAGAAUUAAAUGGAUCAACACCCGUUGAUGCAAACCUAG